CCACUUCACGCGGAUCGUUCUCUGCUAUAAAUCCAAGAAAACCACUUCAUGAUAGGAUGAAGAGUGAAGAAGAAUCUGUUUAGCUUUCAUGACGGCUGAAGAAGUGGAAACUAACCCGCCGGAGAAGAUGGUUACUCGGGAGAGGAAGCCUAAGCCUCCCAAGGAGAAGCCGCCCGAGACUCCUAGAGAGAAGAAACCAAAAACUGCUCCUCAUCCUCCUUACUUUGAGAUGAUAAAGGAGGCUCUUUUGGCUCUGAAGGAUAAGAGUGGAUCUAGUCCUCGCGCCAUAGCCAAGUAUAUAGAAGAAAAGCAUCAGGCGGUGCUUCCGGCGAACUUCAAGAAGAUGCUGGGUGUGCAGUUGAAAAACUCUGCUGCGAAGGGGAAGCUCAUCAAGAUCAGGGCGUCUUACAUGCUGGCUGAAGGAGUAGCUACUAAGGGGAAGGCACGUGUGAAGGAGAAAGUUCCCAUCAUCAUCAUGGAGAAGACAAGAUCUGCAACAGCAGUUUCUCUGAAAAAAGCAGAGGUUCCAGUGAAGGCUUCCAUGAAGAAAACUAAGGUUUCUUCCUCAGGGAAGCCUAAGCAACUGAAGUCCAUAAGGACUCCACUUGCAAGGAAGGCCAGGAAAAAGGCUACUUAGAGACCCAUAAAGCUGCAGCGUACUAGUAUAAAAAUUGUAUAAAUUGUAGUUCGAUCUUUGGUUGUGAGAGUUGCCUUUAUGUAGGUUUCUUUGUUAAUAAUGUAGAUUCUAUGUCCUCUUCUCGAGAAUUUCCAUAGUAAGUCUCUGUAACCUGCUGCAACUUAGUGGUUUCAAAGAUUAGCUAGGAGUGGAGUGGGACAGUUUGGGAAAUAUGAGAUACCAUUGUAACAUACGACUUUGAGUUAAUAAUAAGCUUUUUAGUCCAUAA